AUGGCAGGCUACGGAAACGUCCCGACCGACAGGAACGCCUCGUCGGCCGUCAUCGACCAGGGCUCCUACCUGGGCGAUCGCGGUGCCGCCUUUUCCAAACUGAGCGACACCGAGGUCGGCAUCAUCGUCGGCGUCACAGUGUUCUUCACGGCCGUCAUUGCCACCAUCUUUACCUGGCAGUUUCGCAAGAAGAGGGCCAGGGCCAGGGCCUGCGCCGAGGCCAGCGACGCCGAGCUCAAACAGGCCUCCCAGACAGAGGAUGAUCAGCCACCCAGGGCCCCUGAGAGGGCUGAGCUGAGAUACGACGGGAGUAGGCCUGAACAAACCGUCGAUGGACUGUUGAGGAGCCUGAGGGAGGGGAAGCGUCCCGGCGCCGGUGAGGUCUGA